AGCUCAGAGCAGUCAAUGAAGGACUCUGGCUGACUGAGCGUGCUUAGUGAAUAGGCAAAGUCAGUCUGCUAAAGACUUCAGUUCUUCAACAACAUGCAACUGAAAAUUGCUCUGCUUCUCGUUCUUUUCUGUGCUGUAUCAGUGUUCAGCAGAUCAUAUCGAGGUCCUGGAAUAGUUUCCACAAACUGCUGCACGAAGGUGUCCCGAAGGCCAAUUCCAUUUCAGGUUACACACUAUAGGAUGCAGCCACAGUUGGCCCCAUGUGUCGAAGCCGUCAUAUUUUACACAGUAGAGAAAGGACCUCUGUGCGCUGAUCCAAAAGCACGCUGGGUAUCAAGAAAGAUUAAGGAGAUUAAUGGCAGGAUGCAGAGUAACAGCUCUCAAUGAAGUGAAAUGAAAUGCUUUCUGGAAGACUGAGAAAAUAAGGACUCUGAUAUUUUCAAUAUUGCUUCAUUAGUUUUUGUGUUUGACUAUGUGCAAUUAUGAGAACCUUAAUUUAUUUUUGAUAUGAUUGUGGUAAUUCAGUACUGUUUCAGUGUUUUUGUCACUUUAAUUCCUAAAUAUAUAAAUAUAUAUAUUUAUUUUAUACUUGUGAAAUGUUGAGUUUUUAGUAAAAUAAAAAAAGGCUUUAUCAAAGGGAAUGAGAGUCUUUCUGUAACUGCAUCUGAAAGAGCAUGUUUUGGUUUUUCACAUGGAUGGCAAAUACUCAGCAAUAAGCAUGGGAACGAGAGAUUAUGUGUGGAAGUAACCAUUUGCACCUGAAGUCUAGCCUCAUAUCCAUUUGAAAAUGUUGAAUUGAAAAUCUACUGCUUAAACUUGGUGCAGUAGUCCACUUGGGGUGGCACGAUGGCUCAGUGGUUAGCACUGCGGCCUCACAGCCCCAGGGUCCCAGGUUUGAUUCCAGCCUUGGGUGACUGUGUGGAGUUUGCACGUUCUCCCCGUGUCUGCAUGGGCUUCUUUUGGGUGCUUCGGUUUCCUCCCACAAUCCAAAGAUGUGCAGGUCAGGUGAAUUGACCAUGCUAAAUUGCCCUAGGAGAAAGUGAGGACUGGAGAUCAGAGCUGAAAAUGUGUUGCUGGAAAAGCGCAGCCGGUCAGGCAGCAUCCAAGGAGCAGGAGAUUCGAUGUUUCGGGCAUGAGCCCUUCUUCAGGAAUGAAAGCAGAAGGGCUCAUGCCCAAAACGUCAAUUCUCCUGCUCCUUGGAUGCUGCCUGACCUGCUGCACUUUUCCAGCAACACAUUUUCAGCUCAUGCUAAAUUGCCCAUAGUGUUAGGUGCAUUAGUCAAAGGGAAAUGGGUCUGGAUGGUUACUCUUCAGAGGAUCGGUGUGGACUGGUUGAGCUGAAGGGCCUGUUUUCACACUGUAGGAAAUCUAAUCUAAUCAAUAUCAUGGAGUCAUAAAACACAGCAGCCCAGUGCUGGAAAAGGUGCUUCAGCCCAUCACAUCUACACGAGCAUUUCAAUGAAUUUAGGAAAUUGUCCAUUCAUUCUCUAUGGAUUGAUUCCAGCCAACAUUAAUCUAUAAGCAAGUACAAUUAAGUAAGGCAUAUUGGUUAAGGUUUCAUCUGCUACUAUGUCUUAGCAGCAUCAUAAACAUGGUGGGAAAAUUUUCCACGAUCACUAUUUUUGGCAGAAACAUAAGCAUGUUCUUUUAAGGAAAGUAUUGAAGAAAGACUUAAAGAUAGACUAGCAACUUAGAUUGAAAAUCAAAGAGAGAAUCCAACAAUCAAAGAUAAGGUCAAUUUCUUGAAUUAUUUGCAAAUGAGUUACAGUACUAUGAUGUAGGAUGCGUGAUUCCUAUAUAUUUUGAUACAAUUCAUUGAUUUUUAAGUUUAUAUGCUUAAAAUUUGAAUUGGAAGAGUGUGUUUUUUUCUCUGUGUAUCAGAAAAGCUGAAUGAUUUGUAAGUAUAUCUGUAGCCAUGGUGAUUUAUUUUAAAAGAACUAGAUAUGUGGUUUUCAGAGCUAAUGAGCUUUGAUGUACAUUAGGAGAGCUUAUAACUGAGUGAGGUAAAUAAUUGUGUUUCAGGGUUUCUACCAGCAACUUCUGCAGUUAGCUUUUUCAAGCUUAGGGUAAACACCCACAGGUUGAAAAUAAAGUUCAGCUUGGGACAGUUGUGCAGAAGUCAUUGAAUGGAAAUGGAUGUAAAAAGCAAUCUUACUGAGAAAGCAAGAUAUGUUAUAAUAGAUUUCUUUAGAGUAACGUCACAGGUCAGAAUUGUUUGGAUAAAAGCCUGAAGAGAUUAUUUAAGGCUGAGAACAUUUAAACUCAGCUGGACGAAAGCUCAAGGAAUGGGCUGUCAGAUUUCCAGACUGAGAGUUAAAGUCGCAGUUAUGUUAAGCCUAUCAGGAUGUUAGAGAAAUUUUUUUUCCUCACUGGUGUACUAUACAAGGGGUGCUUUUGGGUUCUAUUCAAACAUUUUUUGGGAAUUAAUGGUUUUAUAUUUUAUACCAUGUUUCAAAAUCUAGAUGUUUGUGUUAUAUAUUAGUCGAAUUGUU